ACACUCUGAGCUGUGAUAUUUCAUCUCGGCCUGCUCAGAAUUCACCACACACGCUAAAUCCUCUCCUUAAUUUCGAUUAAGCUCAUCGCCUCAUCGCCAUGGGCAACUGCCUAGUGAUCCAAGACAGGGACAAGGAGAUCAAGAUCGUGGCAGUGGACGGCGGCGAGAUCCUCAAGCUGCAGCAGGGCGUCUCCCUCGCCGGGAGGACGAUCCUCCCUCCGAGCCACGGCAUCGUCUCCGACGACGGCGACGCGGCACUAGAGGCUCAGCAGCAGCAGCAGCAGCACCUGUUCCGGGCGAAGGCAGCGGCGGCCGUCGAUGCGGACGGCGGCGGCGGCGUUGUCCGGGUGAAGAUGGUGAUCAGCAAGCAGCAGCUGAAGAAGAUGCUGCACAAGGACGCCAUCUCGCUGGACGACAUGGUCACGAUGAUGCAAAGAGAAGCAAGCCAGCAGGAGAUGAGCUGCAGAGGGUGGCGACCUGCCUUGCGCAGCAUACCAGAAGGCACUGAUUGCUAGCUAGUAACCGGGAUAGCUUCACUUAAUCACUUAUUGCUUAAUUAUAUGAUAUUUGCUUCAGCCCAACAAAAAGUAGUAAAAAGUAACUCGGGGUACCGAUAUCUCGUAAUACCAAAUCGUUUCUAAUCGUUGGAUUUAACAGUGACAUCCUACUCAGCUAGAUCUAAUGAUGAGAAACGAUAUGG